CGUUGGCGCCGCCGCCGCCGCCGUCGGUGAGGUGGGAUGUCACCGGAGAGAUCAGAAUAGUGGUGACUCCAUGGCCUUGCAUCCCCCUGAUCCAAAGUUUGUGCUUCGAGGGACCAGAGCUUCAGUAAACACACUGCAUUUCUGCUGCAGAGAUCAGGUGGACUGUGAUCCAAUACUCUUUUCAGGCUCAGCUAAUGGACUAAUACACAUUUGGAAUUUAAAGACACGCAGGGCAGAUACAGUACUGGAAAGUCAUGAUGAAAAAUCCAUUUUAUGGAUACAAACAUUGCAGCAGAGAGGAUCUCUCAUCAGCCAAGGUCGGGAUUCGACUGUCUGCACAUGGGAUCUAGCAGAAGGGCGCAAAACAAUAUUGGAUUGUAUUCCUUUGGAUAGCUACGGAUUCUGCCAGUGUUCGCUAUUGGAUCAAGGUGUUGGCAGCUACCUUUUGGCUUUGCCAGGCAAGGAUCUGUCAGAGGUGAAGGUUAUAGAUCUACCUAAUAAGACGCCAGUGUGGACCCUAAAGCCGCCAGCAGAUGCUAAACUGGGCAUGCCCAUGUGUCUGAAACUCUGGCAGCCUCUCUCCUGUUCUCGGCCUUUGAUAUUGAUUGGAUACGAGGACGGAUCUGUGACCCUCUGGGACCUAUCGGAAAAGAAAAUGUUGAGCCGUCUCACCUGCCACAAAGAGCCAAUCAUGUGUCUUGACUUUGAUCCGGAGAAGGUCAAGGGUAUCUCUGGCUCGUCAGAAAAAGUUCUAGGCUCUUGGAGCCUUGACAAGCAACAGAACCUUAAGCUGCAGAAAAUGGUAGAGUUAGUCAAUGCUGGGAUAGCUCACGCUUGCCUUCGUCAAGACAAGAAGAUAAUAGCCACAGCCGGUUGGGAUCAUCGGGUCCGUAUCUUUGGCUGGAAAAAGCUGAAGCCCCUGGCUGUCCUACUGUACCACACAGCAAGCAUCCACUGCGUGACAUUCUCCGACCAUGCCGUUCUAAGUGAAAGAUUAAUGGCUGCAGGAUCUAAAGACCAGCGUAUUAGCUUAUGGUCUCUUUACAAUGAACCAUGAAAGAGCUAAUUUUCA